CUGCAAGUUUGGAGGCUGUUGGUUUCAGCAACAGAAGCUGCAAGGCACGUUGCGCAUAGGAAAAUCGCGCAAAAGCAGAUGCCUAUAUAUACCCUUAUAGUUCACUGCCAUGCUCCAUAUCACACCCAAGCAUCAAAGACAGAAUUCCUUUGCCCUACAAAGAUCAAAAAGGCAGAGUUAAGCAUCAACAUCCUGUUUCAUCCAUUACAUAGUGAGAUUUAGCUGCUUCCCUUUGAGUGGAAGAGCAUGGAAGAGCAAAAGCGCGGUAUGGGUGUGGCUGCAGUUACAGUCCCUCCUAUGCUGGCAAGUGAGAGCAACAAGAUUUCCAUCAUCAUUUCCCCAAGGGCUGCAAGCUCCAAGGUCAUGCCAUUUGAGUUGCUCAAUACCGGCAGUGUCAGCUCACAUCCACAUGCUGAUCCUGCCGAAUCCUCUGAUGCUCAUGCAGCUCACUAUCACCGAUGGAAUAAAGGGUUACCCAAGAUAAAAGCAGUUCCUCUCAUCAAGAAGGUGGUUGCGGAGUUCCUUGGCACAUUCAUACUGAUUUUCACCGUGCUUUCCACCAUAAUCAUGAACGAGCAGCAUGACGGAGUAGAGAGCCUGCUCGGCAUCGCAACAUCCGCAGGUUUAGCCGUCACGGUUCUUGUACUGUCCCUCAUACACAUAUCCGGCUGCCACCUGAACCCAGCAGUUAGCAUCGCCAUGACCGUGUUUGGCCACCUCCCACUUGCUCACCUCCUACCUUACGUGACCGCACAAAUUCUGGGCUCCAUUGCUGCUUCCUUCAGUGUCAAGGGCAUCUAUCAUCCAGUGAACCCUGGGAUCGCCACCAUACCAAAGCUUGGCACUACUGAAGCUUUCUUCCUUGAGUUCAUCACGACAUUCGUGCUUCUGUUCAUCAUCACCGCUCUCGCCACUGACCCCAAUGCAGUGAAAGAGUUGAUAGCAGUGGCAGUUGGGGCAACAAUCAUGAUGAAUGCUCUUGUAGCAGGGCCAUCAACAGGAGCAUCGAUGAAUCCUGCACGCACACUUGGUCCCGCCAUUGCCACAGGAAGGUACACCCAGAUUUGGAUCUACAUGGUGGCAACACCUCUGGGUGCUGUAGCUGGAACUGGGGCUUAUGUUGCAAUUAAACUGUAGUUAGCAACAGGGAACAUUUGUUUGUAGGGUAUUUUGGAUUUCUGGUACUACCUGAAUCACUGAAUGUAGAUACAUCACAAUUCUUCUGGCUCCAUGGUCAAGUGGCAAGCUGGAUUAUGACUUUCGACUUCGCAGCAGGGGCUGAAGUGUAGAUACAUUGCAGAAUGUUAAUUGCAUAGCUUGUACAAUCCA